GAAACGCCCCUUCAAACUACACGACACUCUGAUUGGCUCUCAAGAGAAACGUGAUGAAGUUUACGUUGACCGAGUAUGAAGAGAGAACCCGAAAAAGUAACACGGGAAAAACACGGGAAAAUGACGGAGGAAAAGAGCAACACUACGUUCAGUGAAGGAGCAGACCCUGAGCUGAGGAGAUGCGACUCGGACACUUAUCAGUGUCUGAUCUGCACAAAAAAGGGGAGCUAUGCAAAGCUUGUGUCUCAUCUGCAGGGACACCAAAGGUCAAUGGUGGAGUACGGUGGAAAGGGCCCAACAAGCCCAACAGAAGCGACGCGAGGCAUGUUGUCUGUUAACCAGUGUAAUCACAGAGGAUCAGGGCAUGCUGCAACACCUUAAAAACAUCAUCACAGGCAACACAGUGUCUCCUUGGGCCAAGAAACAGGACAGGGUCAUCCUUCUUUUUGAAGAUGAUGAACAAGUGGACAAAGUCAUGCACUUCUUGUCUGAAGUACUUGAACGUACUGAGACAGACAAGAAGUCUGCAGAUCCAGUGGCGUUUGUAAUGGAUGUACUUUUGCCAGAGGCAACAGUACACGCCCUCGGAGCUGUUCACUCCAUCUCCCUGGACAAAGCCAAGGAGAUGUACAUGCGUGGCACAGAGUUUGACUCAAGCGAGAUAACCCAGCUUGGGGAACAGCUUCAGAGCCACAUUUCCUCAAAAGCGAGGCAGAAACUGGAUAGCUUCCUGAGCAAUUACAAGAAAGCCUUGGAGUGUGAGGAAUUCCUCAGGUGCCUGUAAUCCCUGGGUAGUGAAUGUGUCUGCUGGAUAGUCUGUUGUGUAUAAAAUAAAGAAAAUAUAUCAUU